CAAGUAAAAUUCACAAAUUACAAGGUUGAUAAAUUCGCGGUAAAGAUAUUUUGAGUAUUGAGAUGACGAAGACACAAAUUCUAUGGCGAAACUCUUGGGUAUUGGAUGGGUGAAGAAAUUGACGAGGUCAUUGUAAUUCACGGUUCCAUAAAUUUCAAGCAGUCACAUACCAUGCCAGCCACUCCCACUUGCCUCGGCUCCCUGACCGUUCUCAUUCGUUCUCCAAUCACACCAAGUCAAGUUGUUCUUUUUCUGAUGUGAGACAGAAAGUGCGAGUUAUCGGAAUUAGAGAGUGAACAACUCUCUCAUGCGGAGUCCAAUCCUAUUCAAUUCCGGAUUGCAGCUAAUCCGUUGCUGCUGCUAUGCCCACCACCGUUUGUUGCCGUCAGUCUUCUCUUCUCCCCGCCUCUCUCUUCCUCCCUGACAACUCUAGGGUUUCGCUUCUGAAACGUCCGAUAGGCCGGCUAUCGUUCAACAGGAUCUCCCCUCGUGUUCAAUUUCAAUCCCGGUUUCUGACUACCAAAUGGAGAUUUUCCUGUUAUAGGCAUGAAAACUCUUCAUCUGAGGUUCGUAGCUCGGAGCUCAUUGAAGAUGAAUUUUCAGAAGAUUUAGUGAAGCCCAACUGCGACCAAUCCAAAGACUUAAAUAGAGAUUGGCUUUCGAAUAUUCACAGGGGUGCAAAUGCAAUUCUCGGCAUGGAACCUUGGACUGUCCCCUGGACAGAGAAGACCAUUGUUCAGGUUAUGCUGCUAUGGAUUGCCUCAUUUUGGUUAGUCGGAUCUUGGAUAGUUCCAUUUCUGGCAUACACAGCAGGGUUCAGGAAGGAGUCUCUUACAUACAGAGGACAAGCCUUGUACAGCCUCUUGACAGAUGUUGCUGAAGGUUUGGUUGGGAUAGCAAUACUUGAGCAUUGUCUCGCAAAGUUUCAACCACUUCCAUCCGACUGGUUCAAAUUUAGACUCAAAGGCAAGUGGCCAUUUGAUGUUGGCCUAGGGUGCCUGAUGUUCCCCCUUAUUAACCAGCUGUCACAAGUGAAUCUAAAUUUACUGCCCAUUCUUCCAUCUACACCUGUGACUAUUUCAAGUGUAGAGCAAUCAAUUGUGGCAAGAGACCCAGUGGCAAUGGCCCUCUAUGCAGUGGUGGUCUCAGUUUGUGCCCCCAUAUGGGAGGAGAUCGUCUUCCGAGGUUUCCUUCUUCCAUCUUUAACAAAGUAUAUGCCUGUAUGGUGUGCCAUAUUAGUUAGCUCCGUAGCUUUCGCCUUGGCACAUUUUAACUUGCAGAGAAUGCUGCCUCUUGUAUUUCUUGGAAUUGUAAUGGGUGUUGUCUUUGUAAGGUCGAGGAACCUCUUACCAUCAAUGUUGUUGCAUAGUUUGUGGAAUGCUUUUGUAUUUCUUGAUCUCAUGAAAUGAUAGGUUGUGCAUUAUUUUUCCA